AUGGCCUCCGGUCCAGGCUACAACCCCGUUAGCACUUUCUCGCCAUUUGGGGAUGAACCUACGGUCUAUCAGAGUCCUGCCACCUACUCUCAGCAAUGGAACCCCCCUCACGGAGAUCUAGGCCAUGCUGGAAUCGAGAUGAGCGAUAGCUUGCGACCGCAAGCACCUAUCCAUCAGGACCAAAAAGGUCCGGAAUAUUCCACGGCACCAACACUAUUCUCCAAUGCGAGGCAUAGUGGUGAAUCGCAGUCGUUCCUUCACGAUCCCGCUAACAGGCUCGAUACCACCUACAAUGCGCACCAUGUCCCAUAUAAAGACCAUACGGGAAGGCAAUUUCGGCAUAUCUUAAUUGGUAUGUCGACCCGGUGGUUUAUCACAGCCGGUCUUUGCGCAGCUUAUAUUUUCGCUAUCAUCUGGUGGCACAAUCGGGGCCCGCAGAGCGAAACGCAGAAGAGGCUGCAUAAUGCCCUUACUACGGCCGUCAGUAUCGCGCUGGGUCUCAAUGUCGCCAGUGCCUUCAAGGAUGUGGCUUUGAAUAUGCGAUGGGUUAUUCUCAGUACCAGGAGGAGGACUUUGGUGGAGCUUGAUUUGGUUCUCAACGCGGACAGUUUGAUGAAGCUUGGAGAGCUGGCUUUUAGUGCUCGCAGGCCCGCUGUAGUGGUUGGCUGUGUUCUAUGGCUCCUUAUCAAUAUUCUUGCCCAGGUUGGGAUUGCCGUACUCAGUUUGACGUAUGGCUGGGAGGUCGAUUACAGUGGUGUUCUAAUGAAGCACGGAAACGUCUCGAUACCCGACAUGAGCCAAUUCUUUCCGCAAAACCCUGGUUCGAAGAUUACGCUUCAGGACGAGGAAUAUGCUGCCCAUCUUUAUGGUGCGCUCGGCGCUAAUUAUGGCUUGAAUUAUACCGACUUUAUGCCAAAAGCUGGCGAUAUAUAUGACAAUAAUGCCGCUUCUAUUUGGUACUCUAAUAAAACCCAGACUAUUGAGUUUAUUUUUGCCGAUUCCCCCACUGGUGCAAUGUCAGCAGGGCAGUUCUCAAUUUAUACAGACCGGAAAGUUAGCGUCACAUGGAAAUGUGAAGCUCAUGAAGUGACCGAACAUGGGGAUGGCUCAUCCAGCAACAUCACUGUUGCCCAACUUGGGGACGUUUAUGUAUCUCGCACGGUACCCGACGCCAUGACCAUCUUCACCAAUACGUCAGCGCCUGGUAGUAACGUGUGCGGUCCCCGAUGCUCAGUUGUCGAAGCCUUUGAGUCCUCAGGGACCGACCCGUGGUACUACAGGUGUAACAUAACUGUUGGCAAGACGGUGAACGACCCCCGGAAUAUAUCAUAUAUUUCUGAUUCUAUGGCAUCGAUAGCUACAACUUCGAUUGCGGAGAUUGGGUACACGGAUCAUCCUGGCCAGGAGGCUCAAAUAUACCCCCAUGGUAGCGUUUGGGGGGCUCCACUUAAAGGAUCCGUGGAUGAAAUGGGCCUAACAAUUGCCUGUUAUGCUUUAGGGUCCAUAGCAGGCGCUGCGUUUUUCAACCCCUCGACUUCGUACGUUGGCAUGGCCCCGAGCGCUGGUCAAUGUCUCGUGAUCGGGCACCCCAUCCCCUUCUAUACGGUCGUCGGGCUAAUCUGUGGUUGUCACUUGUUGUUUGUCGUUAUCACCGCCGUCUUGUCUAAUAGGGUUAAGGUUGGACCGGAUACUCAUUUGAACAUGAGUCUGUUAUUGCGACCGAUCGCGGACGCUUUACAUGGUGUUGGGAGCGGGAGGAAGAACACAGCGUUGAAGGAUGCGAAGAAGUCGACGUAUGCUCGAUAUGAAAAGACACCAAAUGGGAGGUGGGUAUUGAGUAUGACUUGA